GACAUUUCACUGUAGACGAAAAUAUUAUUUUUAAACUUUUAUUUUAUAUUUUAAGAAUUAAAGUAAUUUAGGAUGGAAAUUUCAAGUUUUUCAAUCGAUUCUGUAUGCAGGACAUGUUUAUGUGCAAAUAACGAUUCGUUAGAGACAAUUUAUAAUGACGAUGAACAGAAUUUCACAACAAUUAUUGAUAUGCUAAAUCAAACAUUUGGAAAAAUUGUUUAUCCAGCUACUGAACUACCACAGAAGGUUUGCAUUGACUGCCAAAAACUCAUUCAAAACGCUCACAACUUCAAGUUAAAUGUUCAAAAGUCAACAAAAGUUUUAAUAGGAAAACUUGUGGAAAAAUCUGAUAUCAAUUUAUCAUUUGUAGAAGAUAAAAAUACUCAAACAGACUCUUUGCUUACGCAAGCAAAUAAAAAAAUAAAGUUCUCUGAUGCAACAAAAACUGAAACGCUACAAUUCGACGAUGAAAAUUUUGAUAGCAUCAACUUGCAAUCUGAAGACAGUAUCUUUGACAGUCAAAUAAAUCCUCUUUUGGAAAGUAGUUCAACGAUUGUGCCAUCAAUCUUGCAAUCAGUUAGGGUGAAAACAGAACAACACGGAGUAACUGACGAUGAAUAUGAACUGACAGGAAAUCAACCACCGGCAUUAAUCUUAGUCAAAGCGGAACUCAAUGAAGAUCUUUCCUGUGACAUGAAUCCAUUCUGUAGAACUGAAGAAAAUGAAGAUAAAACUGACACGCAAUAUAAGAUUCAUAAUUGCGAUCAAUGUAACAAGUGCUUUUCACGUGCAACUCAUCUUAAACGUCACAAACUUACACAUGAAGAAGGAAAAAUUCAAUGCUCAGUUUGCGACAAAAGAUUCACUCGAAUCGAUCAUUUGAACAUUCAUAUAGCAACAAAUCAUUCUGAUACGAAGCCUUAUCAAUGUGGGAUAGCCGAAUGUAAAAAAGGAUUCAUUAAACAAGAAUAUUUAAGAAAGCACAUAGAAGCUAAACAUGGUUCGGGAACGAAAGAAAAGGAAGUUUGUGACAUUUGUCAGAAGACGUUUUCAUCAAAGAAAUAUCUUCGAACACACAUGAAGUCGCAUUCUGGUGAUUCAAAGAGUUUGAUUUGUAAAUAUUGCAAUAUAGAGUUUGUUGAGAAAUCAGAAUUAAAUGAUCACAUGUCGAAUGAGCAUCAGAAUGAGAAACCUUAUCUUUGUUCAGAAUGUGGGCUGCGUUUUGUAAGGAAUGAUUAUCUAGUUAUUCACAUGCGUCGUCACAUGGGAGUUAAGCCAUAUAAAUGUCGGUUCUGCGAAAAGGGAUUUCCAAGGGCAACUGACCUUACGGUUCAUGAACGUUAUCAUACUAAUGAGAAGACUCAUUUGUGUAAUCUUUGUGGAAAAGGAUUUCAAAGAGCUUAUAAUUUACUUGUUCAUAUGCGAGUGCACACUGGUGAGAAGCCUUAUCAGUGCAGCUUUUGCAAUAAAAGUUUUUCGCAAGGAAACGAUCUCAAAGCUCAUAUACGUCGUCACACUGGUGAACGAUUCAAAUGUGAUUUAUGUAAUGAAGGAUUUAUUCAAGGAUAUCAUUUGACUCAUCAUAAGAGAAUUGUUCAUGGGCUUGACGUUAAAUCACAUAUUAGACGAGUGGAAAAGUUUGUUGCACCAGUGACGCAAGCAGAGGAAGAGGAAAAACAUUUACCUGAAGAAAACGAAGAGAUUUAAAUCUUAUGAUUUAUUUAUCAACUCUUUUAUGAAGGUAUCAUGGAUUUUAAUUAAGUAAAUAAAAUCUUAGUAAAUAAGGUUUAAAAGUCAUUGUAAGGUUGAGAAGUAUGAAUAAAAAUUGAUAACAAAAAUUUGAAUUUUAA